AUGGAAGAAAAUGGCAGAGACGUUUCGUAUUGGGCAGCGGAUGAAGAUAGGGGUUUUUCUGUGAAAGCUUGCGUGACAAAGUUUAAAAGAAGAAAGGAUGGCACGGUGGGGCUGCAGCAGAACCAGAAAAGGAGAGUGAGUUUCAUGUGGGAUAUGAAUGUUCCAUCAAAGGUGGGAGUCUUUGCUUGGAGACUUAUUUUGGGAAGGUUACCUACUAUAGAUCAAUUGAAGUUGAGAGGAGUUUUGUUGAGAAUUUGUGAAAGCUCUUUCACUUUUCAAAUGUCUAAAGCUGCUAUGGGAUUGGUGAAACCCGAGAUUAAAUCUUACAAGUGGCUAAGAACUAAGGAUGGAUCUAUCCAACAAGUGGAAGAAUCAGUACUAGAGUUUAUUCCUGGGAUUUACCAAGAGAUAGAUGAAAAUCACAAAGGGUGUUCCAAAAAUUGUGCAAUAACUCUUCCAACUUGUGUCACUACAAAAAUAUUAGGUUUGAUCCUUAGUUAUUGUCGAUUCCACCAAAUAAAGGGACAUUCUGAUAAGGAACGUAAAAAUUUUAAUAAGACAUUCAUUUGCUUUGAUGCCCAAACGCUACAUGAAUUAGCAGUUGCAACUGCGAAGCUUGAACUUUAUCCUUUGCUUCAUCUAACUUGUAAUGCACUUGGUCGAGAAUUUAGAAGAAAAACUCCAAAGGAGAUCCGUGAAGCAUUUCACACACUUAAUAACCUCCCCGAGGAAAAAAAGUUAGAGCGUCUCAAACAUAUGACUAAUUAUCCACAUAUCCGACUACAUAAAAAAAUAAAUGCUAGAAAGUUGCAACAACAGAAAGAAAUGAUGAAAUUACAGGAUGUUGAGGUUGGGCAGAAUCUAAAGGAAGAACCCACUAUUGAUAAUAUACUAUCAUUUGUUAAUGGCUCAAAUCAAGAGACAAGAGAAAGUAAUAUGAAUAAAAAGAAAAAUAAGAAAAGGAAUGACAAAGCAAAAGAUCCUUCAAAAAAUGCAAAUCAAAAUCACGAUGAGGAGUUGGACUCUUUUUCUAGGAAUGACAAUUUCAACAAUGCUUUAGUGGUUUCUGCAAGUAAUCACUCACAAAAUCAAGAUACUUCCAAUGUUAAUUUUUCUGAUGAUUUAAAUCUUGCAUUGAUGGAGGAGAUUGACAGGUUAGAUAUAAAUAUACUUUUAUUAGAUCUUAAACUUAUAUGA